UACACCUUGCCUCUGUUAAUUGUCAACCUUUAUUUCGGUUUCCGCUUAUCCCACCUCUCUGUGCAUUGAUUUUCUAUUCGCGUGUUUUCAUAUUCCCUCCCUUAUCCCUCUACCUGUUGCCAUUUCUGUAAACGGAUACACAAAAAUGAGUCUCACAGAUGCCGAGAAGGCAGCCAUCGCACAUGCGAAUGGUCUACCUUAUGACCCGGUCGGCGACACCGACAAGGCUGUAGUAUACCUUGGCAUAGUGUUCUACAGCAUUACAUUCCUGCUCCUGCUUUAUUGCUGGGCAAACUGGAGCUACCGGCCCAUCCGUGCAAAGAAUCUGCCGGUCAUUACAUUCGGGUACUUCUUUGAUCUGCUCUGGUUCAUUGGCGAUAUACAGGCGAACCAGAACGUCAGAGUUGUCGGUGUGUGGAGUCACUGCAAAGGGUGGGGUAUUUGGGUGCACAUGCUUGCCACAUACUCGUUCUCUGCUGCUGUGCUUUUCCGCAAAUUCACCCUUGACCGCGUCUACAACCGCCAAAAGCCAUGCAGAGGCUGGGGGUUCUAUGGCCCGAUUGUCGGGUUCUUUGUCAGCCUUAUUGCUUUUUGCAUGACCGUACAAUUCGUCAGCGAUGAGAAGACAAUCAUAUACAACGAAGACCUCACCAUUUGCCUGUACUCGGACGGCCUGCGCUAUGGCAGCAUUGGACUUAUUUGGAUCGUGUGGAUCGUUACCGGCAUUUAUGUUGUUCGCAUUCGGCGCAUCAAGUCAGGUCUGAAUGAGUUCCGCGAGUCCCUCAUUAUCUAUAUCAUAGCAGUUAUUUGCCUGAUCCAGUACACGAUCUGCCAUGCAGCAUUCAAGGCAUUCCCGCUCAUGGAAACUGUCAGGUGCCUAAUUACAGGGUUCGACCUUGUUUCAGUCAACCUGACAAUGUGGGUCUUCCUGGCGUACCCAGCAUACCAGCGCAUGUUCAAUCGUGAGCGGUACCUGAGCAAAUGGCUAAAGAAGCUUUCGCGCGACGAGUUCCGCCGAGGAAACCAGCUUAUCAAUGACCACAGGAUGGCAGACCGGCGCAAGCCUGACUCGCCACUGCAAGGUAACCCGGGUCAUGUCUCGAGUGCCUCAGUUUCGCAUCAGGGUGGAGCUGAUAUCAUGGAAGAGAGCAUGUCAACCAUGAAGUUCCUCGACAUGCAGUCGCCGUACUCGUACAACGCACAUCAUAAUAUUCGCCACGAAGAUACCUCAUUCACCAUGGAGUAUGCUCUUGGUGUAGACCACUACGCCCCGCUGUAUAGCGCUGCCUAUGCUGACCUUGGCAGCUUUGAUGGCGAAAGGCGCAUUCUGUGAAGUCGCCAGUUAAUGAUUUUUUUGUUUCGAUGUGCAUCUCAAAUAUACCCACAUGAAAUUCU